ACGCGCCCAACUUUUCGCUGGCAAUUCACGGCCCCGCCCUCGGGUCCCCCGCCGCUGGGCGCCCUUCUGUUUUCUCUUUCGGAGAAAAGACUGCGCUCAAUCUCGACUGGCCGGUGAGCGGAAGAGAGAGGGAGAGUGAGGAGCAGCAAAUUGCGCUGUAGAGGGAGAGGAGGUCGUCUGUGGCCAGGUAGGCAGCUAUGGCGUGCACCGUGGGAGCCGCGGCGGCGGCGUCGCUGGCGCCGUCCACGUGUUGUUCGUUGGCGUCGUCAUCAACGAAGUCCUCGUCGUCGUCUUCCGAGCUUCGCUUCUCCGCCGUUGAUAUGGCGGCGCCGUCGUCCUUCUUUCGGUUUACUCCUGCUGCUGCUGGUAGCAAAUGUUCUUCUUUUCCUCUUUCUUCUUCUUCUUUUCUGAAAUUGAAAAAGAGUGACAAGAAGAAGAAGAUGGGCGGCGGCUCCGCCUUCGGCCCUCGGGCGGCUACUGCGGCGCCCAAGGAGAGGGCAAUUGAGGAGGAGACGAUGGUAGAGGAAACACCCGCAACGCUGCUUCGGGAGAGUGAGCUUGAGAGAGGUGCGAACGGCGACGGCAAGAGCAUGCGAGCGAGAUUCGAGAGGAUGGUGAGGGACGUGCAGGACAGUGUCUGCGCGGCGGUUGAGGAGGUAGACGGUGCGGCUAAGUUCAGAGAAGAUGCCUGGACCAGACCGGGAGGAGGAGGAGGAAUUUCCCGCGUGCUGGCGAAUGGGGCGGUCUGGGAGAAGGCCGGCGUCAACGUGUCGGUCGUUUAUGGCAAAAUGCCGCCAGAGGCGUAUCGGGCGGCGACCGGAGGGUCGCCGGGCCCCAGCGCUAAACCCAUUCCUUUCUUUGCAGCCGGUGUGAGCUCAGUCAUGCAUCCUUGGAAUCCGUUUGCGCCGACAAUGCACUUCAAUUACCGCUAUUUUGAGACAGAAGCUGUUGAAGGUGCGGAUAGUGCACCUAAGGCUUGGUGGUUCGGUGGAGGCACGGACUUGACGCCCUCGUAUCUCUUCGACGAAGAUGUGAAGCACUUCCAUCAGGUUCAGAAAGACGCGUGUGAUAAGCACGACCCAGAGUUUUACCCACGUUUUAAGAAGUGGUGCGACGAGUAUUUCCUUAUCAAGGUUUAUGAUCGUGGAACGACCUUUGGAUUGAAAACUGGUGGCCGAAUCGAGAGUAUUCUGAUGUCACUUCCCUUGACAGCUCGAUGGGAGUAUGAUCAUUCUCCUCCAAAGGGAAGCGAGGAGGCACGCCUGCUGGACGCCUGCAUUAAUCCCAGGGAAUGGGUGUAGUUUUCAUCCCAAUCUACUUGGAUAGGGGCCCCUAAUGCGAUUUAUGUUCAACCAGUGCCUCUUGCAGCAGUUGCUUGCCGUACUUCUCGUGCGCAUUUGAGUCAACCGGUGCCUCUUGCAGCAGUUGUCGUACUUCCGGUGCGUAUCGGAAGUGCAACCGGACGAUGGCUUCGUAUAUAAUUGUAGGGCUAGGGGGGUAUUCAGUUUAGAGCGUCAAAUCCCCAUACUAGGACAGAGUGGAGGUCUCUGUGAAGGUGUUGCAGGGAAUCGAAAGGCGUUGCACUGUAAAUUAGGAGUUGGGUAGAAAGGCGAGUGCUUGCAGAAUAGAAAUGCAAAGUUCAUCCUGCAUGAUAGUGUGCAGGAAAGACUUGGGAGAGAUUUUGCACAAGGGGGAAGUGAUCGUGAACUCUAGCGGCGACUAGUACAGAGUUUAACGGAAGAAGAAAGGGUGUUUCGAGCCCUGCUUGGCUGAUUGUGAAGGCAUGAAAAUUGGCUAGUUGGAGCAGCAGCUAUCAUGAAGAAGAAGAAGAAAGGGUGUUUCAAGCGCUGCGUGGCUGAUCGAAGGCAAGAAAAUUGGUUAGUGCGUCAACGGCACCAAUUGAAUGUGAAUAAUAGCAGUGAAAGUAUUUUUGACAGGGUCUCUUCCAGGCAUAAUUUUCGCUAAAAUAAAAAACUAGCAAUGUACGUUGCAGUGGAAGGAGGUCGAGAUUGACCGAGUUUUUAGACGUUGUGGUCUGUUCAUUGGGGAGGCACUGUGGGCAUUCUUCUCAAUGCAUAGACUGUUGUUAUAGAUGCGUGUGUCACAUGACAGGAAAAGGAGCCAUAUUUUGUUCUUUUCUGUUUCUCUUUCCUUUUCUUUGGGCUUGUGAUUCGCCGGUUUUUGGUGAAGUUUUCCAAAAAAGGUGUUUUUUUUUUUGUGUCGUUAAGGCACUGGUGACUCUUCUUAUUCGUCAGACUUUUUCUUCGUUAAGGAACUGGUGACCUUCUUACUCGUCGAUGAGUCGUCGGACUUUUUCUCUGUCAAUGACGAUGUGUAUUUCUGAGGAAGGGCUGUGUUGCUUCUAUGUUCCGCGUGUGCUUUUUUUCCUUUUCUUUUUUUCUUUUUCCUUUUUCUCUCUUUAGAAAGGGUUGCCAUGUUUCUUUCAUCAUGUCUUUUGUCUUGGCCUGGUAUUAUUUCUUGUUGUGGUUGAAGGGGUUUUGCAUUUUUGAAUUUUCUUUUUAAUAACAAAAUUAAUCUCAUAUU